AUGAAGGAAGUAAACAUGGACAAGUUGGCGGGUACUCGUAAAAUCCUUGAGGAUUCAUUGCGCCAAAAGAACUGGUUUACUGAUCUCUUGGAGAAAGUAGAAAAAAAGACUAAUGUUGAUCGCUUGUACAUUGUUCUUGGGGGUGUUUGUGUGAUAUUCCUUUAUCUAAUUUUCGGUUAUGGAACCAGCUUUCUUGCCAAUCUAAUUGGAUUUAUAUAUCCUGCAUAUAGAUCCAUUAAAGCUCUUGAGACAGCUGACAAAGCAGAUGACACCAAGUGGCUGACGUACUGGGUUGUGUUUGCAGCAUUCAGUGUUGUUGAAUCAUUCACUGAUAUAUUCUUUUAUUGGGUGCCGCUGUACUCAUUGCUGAAGUGUACAUUCUUCUUAUUCAUGAUGAUCCCAACCUCACCAAAUGGGUCGAUACUUAUCUAUCAGAAAAUUAUCCGACCCCAUAUUUUGGCACACGAAAAGAAUAUUGACAAGAUUAUCAGCGAGGCUGCUGAUUUAGCUGGUGAUUUUGGAAAUGCUGUGGAGCAAAGGGUUUCAGGCUUAAGCUUUGGAGUUCUAGAAGCAUUUGUGUCUUUUUACGGAGUAGAGUUACUAGUCUCACGCUCAAACUUUCCUAUUUACACGCCUUAUUGCUGGCUGAGCGAGGUUUAGCAGUACGCUGCCUUACGGUUAUUGAUAAUCUUGUUAUAAAUGCAAACAUACAGCACUGUUGGUUUAAGUAAGCAUAUUUAUCAACAAUAUAUAGAUCUGUAGUAUGCAAAUUACUAAGA